AUGAUAAUCUCUUUGCAACACUUCAUGUUACCUGGCACGGUCGUCGACUGGAACGUGUUGAAGACAAAGCCGUCACUGUUUCAACCCGUACGAACUCCUCUUCCCAGUUGCUAUGGUGAACUCUGGCACAGGGGGAGGUGGGAGCUGACCCUCGCUCGGCAGAGUGUUGUUCAAGCGAUUUACGCGAAAUGUUGUAGUCGAUAUGGUCGGCUCCUCGACGACAGAGCGAGUUCAUGGGCUUUGGCGACUGGAGUGUGGCAUCACCCGAUCGGGAUUAGACCGACCGACUGCAGUCUUUUGGUGCAUGAGAGAAUGGCCGAAAGCAAGACAUGUUUUGCUGCCACACACCAGCUGAUGAAGUAUGAUUCGCGCUUAUUCCUGCGCAUUUCACAAAACCGAUACCUUUCAUGUGGCCUCAAUCGUGCAACUGUUUUGCUCUCUGAUUCGGUCGCGGAGUCGUUUUGCUGCAUCGAAGAUGCCUCAAACGAAGAAUGA